AUGGCAUUGGUCGAACGCUCGGUGGAAGUAGAUCUAUCAACGGAGAGCAAAAAAUUACCAGUCACUCGUUUCGUGUUGACUGCACUGGGCGUAGAUAGUGUCAGCAAUUACCAUGGCUCCUCCGGGCACGUACACGCUCCCUUCCCUCGAGAAAUGUUCACUGGUCCUCAGCAACCCGUAUACAUCGAUGCAGUCAGCAAUUUGACAGGAAUGUCUUAUUGUGCAGACGCACUCGGCGGGAACUCAAACUGCGUGACUUACCUGCCAAUGUCUAUUAAUCCGGAAGACAACUACCAUGGGUCGUCCUUGGCAAUAGCAUACCUGACUCCCGUCGAAAGUAAUCGUACGGACUGGCUCAUCCUGAUUAACCACCAAGUGAAGAAGGUCUUGCUGUCUAGAACACUGCCUAAUGUUACUGCGACGGGUGUGCAGUUCAAGAAGUCGGAUGAAACUAGUGAGACAUAUCGCAAAUGCUCUCUGCUGGUGUCAUUGGAUCACCGCAAUUGCUUCAGCUAUCUCAGUAUCUGGGAUCGGCGACCCGUCAAUCUUGGAACCGCUCGGAAUCGAUGUAAAGGUAGAUCUACCGACUGUUGGUUGAAACUUCCGCGGCCGGACUGGGGCUUCACUCAGCCAUUCCAUCCGUCGUCGUACAAUAGGGGAGGAAGAGGACCAGAUAAUGUUUACGCUUUCGAUUCUCUCGAACAGCUUUUGGCUGAGAGUGCUGGCCAUCUCCUUGCAUAUAAUGACUUGAGUGCUGAUGCGCUUACCCAAGUAUUUAGAAUUCAAGCCGGUCUGAUUACCAAUAGCAGCGGUAUUACCUGUUGCCGAAAUUUACUUGAGCAGUGGAACAUCCAGCUUCUUAAGUAUUCUUCCUUUGACGGCAUUGCUACUGGAGAGCCAGUCAACCAUGGGAUCGGUUCAGCGGCAAUGAUGCGCCGUGAUUUGGGCAGAGUCAUAGAUGGGAGUCUGAGAGUGUAUGAUACGACAAACGUGCGUGUUGUGGGCGGAAGUAUUCGCCCUCUCCACGUUAGUGCGCAUCCAAGCUCGACGCUUUAUGGUGUUGCGGAGAAGGCGGCGGAUAUUAUCAAGUCUGGUAAGCAGUCGGUAGCGUAUGAUUCCACCGUGCAGCUGACUAUGUGCUUCUGCUUUGUCAUAUUUAUCCAUGUUGUUCAAACACGAAGAACAUCCACUCAAGCGCCCAAUUUUGAUCGCCUCAGAGAAGAGCAAAGUUAUAGUACACCAAUCCCGCAUGAUUCUUGGCGCCUCUUUCGUAGUUCUCGGGCCUUGGUCUUCGCUGAUGAACUCUAUGUCUUCGUUUUAUGGCACUUUAUUGAUGGCGGGGACACCAUUCCUUCUCCGCAGUUCGUUCCAUUACAGAAUAUGGUCCUUGCUUUCGAAAUUCCCAAGCAGGUUCUUACCUUCUAUCCGAUCGAUCCGCUCUGCUCUGGUCAUGCUCGUACUUCACUGGCAUUCCAGUCUUCUGUUAAUGCAAACGCAUGGCCAAAGAAUUCCCUGCCUGUGAUGUCCGAUGAGUGA